CUGAAUAAUUUCCCUUACGCAGAAACAGCGUAGGCAAAACCCACGCCUCAUCUGCCCUUUUCUGAGUAGGGCUUGUGCGACUCGUUCGUUUGCAGUCAGUCUCAGUCCCCUCCUGGAAAGAAAAAAUGGAAGCUUUCCGUCAAGCCGUCGUCAACACCCUCGAGCGCCGCCUCUUCUACAUACCUUCUUUCAAGAUCUACCGCGGCGUCGCCGGCCUCUACGACUACGGCCCUCCUGGCUGCGCCGUCAAGUCCAACGUCCUCGCCUUCUGGCGUCAGCAUUUCGUUCUUGAAGAGAACAUGUUGGAAGUUGAUUGCCCAUGUGUGACACCAGAAGUUGUGCUUAAGGCAUCAGGUCAUGUUGAUAAGUUUACUGACCUCAUGGUUAAGGACGAAAAGACUGGUACAUGUUACCGUGCGGAUCACUUACUCAAAGAUUUUUGCAAGGAGAAGCUAGAGAAAGAUCCUAAGAUCACAGAAGAGAAGGCAGCAGAGUUUAAGCAUGUUAUUGCAGUGUUGGACGAAUUUUCUGCGGAAGAAUUGGGUUCAAAGAUCAAGGAAUAUGGUAUUACUGCGCCUGAUACCAAGAACCCUCUGUCUGCUCCCUAUCCAUUCAACUUAAUGUUCCAGACCUCAAUAGGUCCAUCUGGUGUAAGCCCAGGGUACAUGCGUCCAGAGACAGCGCAAGGCAUUUUUGUGAACUUCAAGGAUUUAUACUACUAUAAUGGCAACAAGCUUCCUUUUGCUGCUGCUCAGAUCGGUCAAGCUUUUAGGAACGAGAUAUCUCCUCGUCAAGGUCUAUUGCGAGUCCGUGAGUUUACUUUGGCUGAGAUAGAACACUUUGUGGAUCCUGAAGACAAGUCACACCCAAAAUUUUCUGAAGUUGCAACCCUUGAAUUUCUAAUGUUCCCAAGGCAAGACCAGGUGUCUGGACAAUCAGCAAGAAUAAUACGCCUUGGUGAAGCUGUUUCUGGGGGCAUUGUGAACAAUGAAACACUGGGCUACUUUAUUGGGAGAGUGUAUCUAUUCUUGACAUAUCUCGGAAUAGAUAAGGAGCGCCUACGGUUCCGACAACAUCUUGCAAAUGAGAUGGCACACUACGCUGCUGAUUGUUGGGAUGCUGAGAUUGAAUGUUCUUAUGGCUGGAUUGAAUGUGUUGGUAUUGCGGAUAGAUCUGCAUAUGAUUUACGCGCACACACGGAUAAAAGUGGUGUGCCCCUAGUGGCAGCUGAGAAAUUUGCAGAACCUAUAGAAGUGGAGAAACUUGUUAUAACUCCAGUUAAGAAGGAGCUGGGCCUUGCAUUCAAGGGUAACCAGAAGAUGGUGGUUGAAGCAUUGGAGGCAAUGGGGGAAAAAGAAGCUAUGGAAAUGAAAGCCACUUUGGAGUCCAAGGGGGAGGUAGAGUUCCAAGUUUGCACACUAGGGAAAGAUGUCACUAUAAAGAAGAACAUGGUGACAAUCUCUAAGGAGAAAAAGAAGGAACAUCAGAGGGUUUUCACGCCCUCAGUAAUUGAACCCUCUUUCGGUAUCGGGAGGAUAAUUUACUGUCUCUAUGAGCAUUCCUUCUAUACACGGCCUAGUAAAGGCGGGGAUGAACAGUUGAAUGUGUUCCGUUUUCCUCCACUUGUGGCCCCUAUCAAAUGCACUGUAUUCCCAUUGGUUCAGAAUCAGCAAUAUGAGGAAGUUGCCAAACGCAUAGCCAAAUCAUUAACUGCUGCUGGGAUCUCAUAUAAGAUUGACAUAACAGGUACGUCAAUAGGGAAGCGAUACGCGAGAACAGAUGAACUUGGGGUUCCCCUUGCCAUUACAGUGGAUUCGACAACUUCGGUCACUCUGCGAGAGAGGGACAGCAAGCAACAGAUUCGAGUUAGUAUAGAGGAGGUGGCAUCUGUGGUGAAGGAGGUGACCGACGGGUUGAACACAUGGAAUGACGUGCUGUGGAAGUACCCAACUCAUUCAUCUGCUGCAUCUGAGGAUUGAACCUCUGGAGUUUAUUUAUAGUCUAAUGGUAUUUGUUUUUUUGUCGGUAGAUUUUGCCAUAUUGGUAUACACAAGAGUUAUAUUGGCUGGCCCAUGUGAAUGGGGAAUUUUUGUGACUUUUUACUUCGAACUUGGGUGAUAGAUUUAUGCAUUCCACUUUUUUACGAUGCACUCUAAAA